AUACCCAAAAUGGCUCUCUUGGUGCAACCUAACCCCGACAUGCAAAUCAGCAUCAGAAAAGAACUGAAUGAAGACCCCAAUACUAGAGACAGUGAUUUGCAACAUAUCAAAGAAUGGCUUUCCAAACAACCCCAUUUGCCAAAUACGUGGGAUGAUCAACGUAUUAUGACCUUCUUGCGAGGUUGCAAGUUUUCCUUGGAGAAAACAAAACAAAAGCUGGACAUGUACUUCACCAUGCGUACAGCUUGCCCGGAAUUUUUCUCCAACAGGGACAUCAUGAGGCCUGAGUUACAAGCUUUGAGAAAUUUGGGGAGCCUACCCCCUCUGCCAGGGCUAACCCCGAACGGCAGAAGGGUCAUUCUUAUGCGUGGUAAAGACAAAGACGUUGAAACUCCGAAUCUAGCAGAUGUAAUGAAAGUCUGCCUCAUGAUUGGUGAUAUACGUUUAGCUGAAGAAGAAGUUGGUGUUGCUGGUGAUAUUUACAUCCUUGAUGCUACCGUUGCAACUGCACAACAUUUCUCCAAAAUAUCCCCUGCUAUAGUCAAGAAGUUCUUGGUUUGUGUCCAGGAGGCCUACCCUGUUAAACUAAAAGAAGUCCAUGUAAUCAACGUUUCUUCUUUUGUGGACACCAUCAUUAACUGGGUGAAACCUUUCUUGAAGGAAAAAAUUAGGGAAAGAAUUCAUGUUCAUUCUUCAAUGGAAUCCCUUUACAACCAUGUUCCUAAAGAUAUCCUUCCAGAGGAAUAUGGAGGUGAUGCUGGAAAGAUCGAGGAUAUUCACGAGGCAUGGAUUAAAAAAUUGGAAGAGUACACCCCAUGGUUCAAAGCUCAGGAAAACUUUAAAGCCGAUGAGUCUAAGAGACCAGGGAAAUCGCUAAACUACGAAGAUCUGUUUGGUUUGGAUGGCAGCUUCAGACAACUGACGAUCGACUAG